AUGAGCGUGAAUGCCGAGGUCGCCCACACUGCUCCUCUAGCUACCACUCUAUAUGCAUCUGGAAUCUAUGGAGACAUCAAUAACGUUCCCACAACUGGUGCUUCUUGUACCACAGCCAAACAAGACAAAUUGAAGGAUUGUGGAGUGGAGGCAUCAAAGAAAUUGGCUCAGAAUGACUUAGGACGAAUAAAUAAAUAUAAAACUAAAAUUCUCUCUGUGGCUAAACAAAAACAAAUGGAUCCAUCUGUUAUUGCUGCUAUUAUGUCCCGUGAAUGCCGUGGAGGAAGCGUUCUGGUAAAUGGUUGGGGUGACCAUAACAAUGGCUUUGGCCUUAUGCAGGUUGACAAACGGUAUCACAAGCUUGAGGGAACCUGGGAUAGUGAAACACAUAUUGCCCAGGCUACAGAUAUUCUGAUUUCAAUGAUCAGCCAGAUAAAGAAGAAAUUUUCGAAAGCAUCUUCAGAAGAGAUAUUGAAAGGUGCUAUCGCUGCAUACAACGCUGGUUCUGGAAAUGUGAGAGACUUAAAAGAUGUUGACAGUCGCACAACUGGCAAAGACUAUGCCAAUGAUGUUGUUGCACGAGCCAAGUUCUUCAAAAAAAAACGGAUUUUAGAGCUGAAGUUUAAAGCUUAA